ACUACUUACCCUGAGCUACCUCUCUCUCCCUCACUCUCUUUAUCUGACACUCUCACCCACUUGCUCAAAAAUCAUGGCCGAAAGAAACAGCCGGGUCAGUGUUAAGAGGAAAGAGAAGAAGGUAGAAAACAAAACGAAUGAUGAGAAGGACAAAGGAAAGGAAAAGGGAAAAGAGAAAGAGAAAAAUGUGAAAAAGCCUGACAAACUUGUGAAAAAGCCAGAGACGACCCCUGAGCAGCCCAAGACGGAUGAAGAGAAAAAGAAUGGGGAAAAGGAAGGUGCAACGGGAGCAGAGGAAAAUAACAGUGAAGAAAAGGGAGAAUUUCAGCCCAUAGAACUGCCACCGUUUGAGAUUGUCACAGGGGAACAGAUGAGCCCGUUCUACUUCAAGUUUCAGUUCAGGAACGUUGAAUACUCAUCAGGGAGGAACAAGACCCUGCUGUGUUUCAGAGUGGAUACACCAGGAGGCAGCACAGAGCCUCUGACGGGUUAUAUGGAGGAUGAACAUGCCACAGCUCAUGCUGAAGAGGCCUUCUUUCAACAGGUGCUCCCUAACGCUUCCCAGGAGUAUGAAGUCACAUGGUAUGUAUCAUCCAGUCCUUGUGUGGCUUGUGCAACCAAGUUAGCCAUCGUCCUCCAGCAGCGCAAGAAGGUUCGUCUCUGCAUGUUCUGCUCCCGUCUGUUUGAGUGGGAGGAGCCGGAGAUAGUAGAAGGGCUCCGAGCUCUGGUGAGCGCCGGCUGCAAACUGCGGAUGAUGAAACCGUCUGACUUCGUACAUGUUUGGGAAACUUAUGUGGAAAAGGAGGAAGAGAGCUUUGCACCCUGGGAGGACUGUCAGGAGAACUACGACUACUAUGUGGAUAAACUGGCUGAUAUUCUCAAGUAGAUGCGAGUCAGUGCACAUGACGGACAGGAUCUUCCCACUGGUUGAAUGUGUGUGUUUUUGUAAUCACAUCUGGUGUGUAGAUUAGCAUUAGUUUGAAUGAACACUCAUAGCAUUUUGUAUUUUUUAUUUUGAUCAUUUCAUAAGGAGACAACAAUGCUUAGCAUCACCUACUGUAUACACAUAUAAGCCUUUAGAAGAGGAAAGCAAUAACAUUCAUUGCUGAAAGCUUUGGAGAAGACUAACUUAAAUGUACUCGCAUCUGGGGCCAGAUGCAUAACAUUCACCACUAAAACGGUGUGUACGCACAAAGACAGAAAUAUGCAUCUGCAUUCUUUUUGUCAGAUUUAGAAAUCCGCACGUACAUAAUAUACAAUACAGUACAAUACUUGUGCCCACUCCACCACUCGUUGGACAUUAGUCAGUGAAAGAACGGCCAACAAAAGAGCAAUUUCACAGAUUUAUUUAGACAGUGUUAUAUCGGUGAGUUUCUCCAACAGCACCACAACAGCUGUCAUUACACACGGCUGUGGCUAUUUAUAGCGCCCAUAUCACUAAUUCAUCACAUCUAGGCUACCUGUAAAUCGUCAUAGUAAUAUCUCAAUCAUAAUUUUUAAACGUUCUGCCAUGCCAUAAAAAUGUAUUGUAAAAAGUCAUUGAAUAGUAGGCUAUGCUAUACAAAAAAUGGCAUUAAAAGUCGUAUAGUAUGACAUAAAAAAGGUUAUGACACGAUCAUUACAAUAGGCAUUCUCACCACACAUUCUCCCUUUUUCAAAUACCAGUUUGUGUGUGAAAAGGCGUACACAUAGUUUAUACAUCUUGCCCCAGGUGUUUGCUCUAAGAAUUGAAACAAAAACUGAAGGAGGUUUGAUGAAUUGUCCUUUAGACCAUCACAUAUGUACAGUGCAUAUAAUAUUUGCUAACAAUAAAAGCUAAAAAAUGUAUAUGAUUGAUCACAUAAAUAAUGUUUCAUAUUUUAA